UUUCGCUAAACGAUUCGUCGGUAUUUUGUUUCAGUUUCCGCAGUGCCGCGAGUGUAAUUAGAAUGUGUCAAAUCUGAUUAAAUACUUACAUACAGACACGCAAGAAAUAAGUAAUCAUACCAUAUAUACAUGCAUACGUACAAGUACUGAAGUACAUAUUACGGCAAUAAUUAUCUCAUUUAACUCUCACCUCUUCGUUGGUCAUACCUGCCUUCCACCAAUUGAGUUAAUUGUUGCAAACCAGUUGGAAGUGCUAAUUACAUAGUUGUCAUCAUUAAGAGCAGUGAAUUGAAGUGAAUUACGUUAUUUAAAUUUUUUCCUAAUUGGAGUGGAUGUGUGAUUCGAGUGUUGUUGAAUAAAACACAAACUAAUUGCUUUUUAUUAAAAAUUCUCGGAGUGGAGCAAGAAAAAUAAUAAAUUACACUACUCUGGGGCAAUAUUCGCGUUAAUAUAAUAUAAGCACCAUGGCUAUGAAUGGCAAUGGUUAUUCGCGUAUCUCAAAUGGUAGUUCUUCGGCGUCAAAUGGUUCGACGACUGUUCUUAAGUACGAAAAAUCAUCGUGCCUUUUCUGCAACGAAUGGUUCGACUCACAAACCUUUACGGAGCACCUCAUCCAUUGCGGCCAAGUACUCGAGCAGUGUCCAAAUAAUUGCAACGCAUUUGUGCCACGUAUACGCAUGCGUUCACACUUGAAAGAGUGUCCGAAGGCUAAAGCACAACUACAACAACACACCAACAGUCUCGAACGCCUCGACCAAUUCAUGGAUAAUCGAGUCACACAACUCGAAAAGGAUUUGAGCGCUUUACGCUCGGUGCUCAACGAGGAGAUUGGCCAACGAUUACACCUGAUUACAGAUGUCGGAAAUCUACGCAAAUACAAUCAGGUUUUGGAGGAUUGGAAACAUGACGUCGAUGAAAAUACGAAUGGCAUGAAAGCGUUGCUCAAUGAAGAGAUUGUGCAACGGCAGUUUGAAGUUGGUGAGGCAUACAAGGACAAUGUGGCUAAUUUCGAAAUGAUAAAGAAAGUGAAAGCUGACAUACAGAGUGAAAUGGAUGUGCUGCAAAAGAAUAUUCAACAAUUAUCGAUGGAAGUGGCUGAUCAUGUGAAUCACUUGAAUGACAACACCAUGAAACUGGAGGAGAUGAUUUUGGAAAAUGAAAAGAAAACUCUGGACAAAUUCAUUCAAAUCGAAGAAUUUUUAAAUGUUAUCGAUAGCGAUUUGAAAACAAAAUUUGUCGCCAAUAGCGAUUUGAAUGCCAAACAGGUGAAUAUGGAUCUCGAGGUCAAGGGUAUGAAAAAUAUUGUCUGCGAAACGGAAGAGCGUUGCGAAAAGUUGGAGGAAAUGGUGAAACAAGUUGACACGAGUUUGCAUCAAACCAUGCAAACGCUAGCGGAUUUGGAGAAUCAUUUGGCGACACAACAACGGCUAGCAACCAUACAAAACUCCAGGGGUCACUUGGUGUGGCGCAUCAAAGACUACUCAAAGAAGUUGGAGGAGGCGAAACAAUAUGAAACGAUACUGCAUAGCGCGAUGUUCUCCAAUAAGCCAUAUGGCUAUGCACUGCGCCUCGACAUUCACCCCAACGGAAAAGGCACUUGGAAGGGCCGCAACAUGAUUGCAUGUCUCAAUGUCAUAGCUGGCGAGUAUGACGCGCUACUGCCUUGGCCAUGUCGUCUGCAAGCCGAAAUAAUCAUACGUGAUCAGUAUACCAGCACAGAGGAGGCACAGGAUUAUGUGAAGACAAUUUUGGUGCGCAAGAAGAACGAUGAGUUCAUUCAAAACAAUCAGUUCUUCCAUAUACCGCACAAAGUCAUAAUGAGUCGUAAUUAUUUGCGUAACGAUUGUAUAUUUCUGGAGGUGCGUGUGCUAAAGUGACAUGCGCCACAUGAUGUUGAGAUCCAUUUUUAUAUCGUAGUUCUACAAGUAGCAAUAAAUAGACAUAGACUAUAGAAAAAGUUCCAAAUAAUUUUUACUUGUACGAGCAGCAAAUAGCUUUCGGAUUAUUAACAUCUGCUUUAGACAAAGUGUAGCUAAAAUUAUAGCGCACUUUGCUUGCAAUUUACUCAAUUUGAAAUAACUUGCGGGUCCACUGGCUGUUUUCUUUUUAAAAAUGCCAUAUAAAGCACCACCUAAAAUUGUUGUAAAAGCUGCUUCAUUGGAAAGAGUAAACCUCCCGGUUAAUUAGUACGAGGGUUGCUGAUUAAGUUUUGCAA